CACCCAGCCUCCCACGGAGAACUCUGUGUGUGUGUGAACUGGCACAACAUUGCUGUACCGACCGCUGCAGUGUGACGACAUUCAGCAGAACAAUCGGCCUUUUUAUUCCAGCAGGAGCCUCCCCGUCCUGUGAGCUGCCUGAAUCAGCAAUCCUCUCGCAACAGGGCCUUUUCGAAGGAGAAGGAACUGACACUGUUCACUGUGAUAAGUACGUGGGGAGACGAUGGCUCACUGGAUCACUGGCUUGUUGCUCCUGAUGGGACUGAGCACCACAACAAGCUCCAACCCUGGCUGCCGUGUCCGCAUCACUGAGAGAGGCCUGACGCUGAUUCAGUAUGAAGGAUUGAAAUUUGUUGCUGAAGAACUUGAAAAUAUCUCAAUUUCGGAUUUAUCUGGGAAACAGGGUCCAUUCCAGUAUUCCAUUAAUGGGGUGAAUAUCACUGAACUGAAUUUAUCUGGUGCCACCCUUGGCUUCCAAAAUGAUGCUGGUCUACUCUUUGAAACAAUUAACUCAUCCAUCAGCAUCACCUUCCAGAGGGACAUGAUGUACUGGCUGUUGAAGGACUCUGGCCAGAUUAAUGCCUCUGCUGAAGGAGUCAACAUCUGGACUGUACUACAUCUGUCCAAGGGUGAAUUUGGGCAGAUGAUGAUAAGCAAGGUGUCCUGCAAAGCCUCCAUUGCCGGAAUGAAAGCAAAGUUUAAUGGGAACUUUCGGGGCUUUUAUGAAAUAUUCUCAACAAUUCUCACAACCGGCUUGCGCUUCCUAAUAAACCAGCAGAUUUGCCCAGCCUUACAGCACUCGGGGCUGGUGCUGCUGAACUCGCUGCUAGAGACUGUACCAGUGCGAACAGCAGUGGAUCAAGACGUAGGGAUCGAUUAUUCCCUCCUCAGUGACCCCGAUGUUAAAUCUGAGUGGAUGGACAUGGACUUCAAGGGAAUGUUCUACCCUCUUCGUGAUGAAAAUGACACACUGCCAAACACUGUAAGUAUCCCUGAUUUGAAGAGCAAGGAUCGCAUGGUGUACAUCUGUUUAUCCGAGUACUUCUUUGACUCUGCCAUGUACUCUUAUUAUAAAGCUGGAACACUAAAGGCUGAUAUUCCUGAGAGCAAGAUGCCCAUGGAUAUUGCUUAUUUACUGAGGACUACAUUCUUUGGAUUAAUCAUCUUGAUGACCCCAACAUCAUCAGCCAAGGAAGCUCCUUUGCUGCUCAAGUUGGAAGUGACAUCGGUUCCUCACUGCACAAUCAAGCCGUCAGGGAUCACUGCCAGUGUCAGCGCUCGCAUGAAUAUCAUCCUCCUGCCGCCAAAUGCCGCACCAGUCACAUUGUCCAGUAUAACAAUGGAGUCAAAGUUGAAUGCUAAGGUGGCUUUGAAGGGGAAGAACCUAGCAAUCACACUGGGCCUUAAAAGAUUCAGGAUUUUCUCAGCGAAAUCAACUCUAGAAUCACUGGCGUUGAUUCCUAUACAGGCUCCACUGAAGGCUCUUCUGCAGCUCACUAUCAUGCCAAUUAUCAAUGAGCGAGCUCUGCAGGGUGUGCAGAUUCCACUGCCAGAAGGAAUUGAUCUCAUCAAUGAGACUGUGACAAACCACAUGGGUUUUCUGUCAAUUGGAGCAGAUUUACAUUUUUACAAAGGCCUGAGGGAGGUAAUUAAUAAGAACACACAAGUCUCCACAAAGAGCACAACUCUAUUCAAGUAGGAACAAAGCUGUGAUGAAUGGCAGCUGCUCAAGUGUAGGAA